UACUUUAACGUCGUAAAAUCAUCUCAUUAUUUUAGUUGUGCAGACGGAGAGGAUGCUGUUCAAUUCAUUGAUCAUUAAGUGUGUCGUUCAAUUGGAACUUAUCCAAAUGAUUGACAAUGUCGUCUUUUUCCCAAGCACCAGCAAGCGAGAAGAUGAAGAUACUAUGGCUGAAUUACAGCUGUGUCCAGUUACAAGCUGUGAAUCAGAAUGAUCUCGUGAUAAGCCCAUCCUUUACAUUUCAAUGAUGUGUACAUUGCAAUACGAAGAAAGGCAAAAUUGAAGAAAUAUUUCAAUAUAAAACUGUGACUCUACGUUGUGGAACGAAAAAAUUAGUGUGGGAAUGAAGAAACAGUCGCUUUGGUCAUAUUUGCUGUAUCCAGUUACAAGGAAGUGAAUCAGAAUGAUCUCGUAAUGAGCCCAUCCUUUACAUUUGAAUACACAGUCUACACUGCAAUACAAUGAAAGACAAAAAUGAAGAAAUAUUUCAUUAUAAAACUCUGAAUUUACGUUAUGGAACAAAAGAAUAAGUGUUGAAAUGUAGAAAUAGUCGUUUUGGGUCAUAUUUGUUUAAAGUUCAAAUAAAGGCUUCACGAUUAAAACCAAAGAUUCAAUCUCCAUUAAAAGUAAGUCAGAGUAUUCACAACAUAUUCUAAAUAAAUUUAUUUUUUGAAAAUGGCUUCAGCACCUAAAAAACUGAAGAUUGAGGCAAAUGGAUCUCGUUUAAGUAAAAUUUUGGUAAAUAAAGGAACCCAAGCUUUGAAAACAACAUUGCGAUUUACUUUUAACUUUCGAUCAUCAAGUUUGAUCAAUGAACUUAAAGAUCUUUCAACAAUGAACAAAUUGACUUUGCUUAAAAACAAAAGGGUCAUCAGUAAAGAGCAAUGGGAGCUUCUUUACCCGUCAAAUGGCUCAUCACCUGACAUUGACAACUUUGACAUCUCAUUAUUGACUGUCUUAUUGAGAAAUAUUUGUGGUCUAACAGCACCAUCUGGAGGAUGGGAUAAUCUUCCUUCCUCUUCAGAUACUUCAAUAUCAGCAAAUAUUGCAAGAAUAAAGUUUUAUCGAAACAAAGUGUACGGUCACAUAACUACAACUAGUGUAGAUGACAGUGAGUUUGAGCAUUUGUGGCAGGAAAUUUCAAAAGCAUUGGUUGGUCUGGGUAUUCAACAAACUGAAAUACAUGAAGUGAAGAAAGCUCCCCUCAGUCCUGAUGAGGCAAACCAUAUUGAAUUAUUGAAAAACUGGUAUGAAAAAGAACAACAAUUAAUCAAUGUUGCUGAGAAAACCAACGAAAAUGUAAAACAAUUAAAAAAAGAGUUUGAAGCUAUGAAAAAUAAAGUAGAAGAAGUGAAAGAAAGCAUGCCAACAAAAGUUGAUGUAGUUGAAAUUAAACAAGACAUGGCGACAAAAGCUGAUGUAACCAGAGUAAAAGAAAUGAUACAGGACAAAACAUACUCAGAUCUCAAGAAGCUAGGAAAGUGUAAGUUUAACGGUCUUAUAAAAGAUCUUAACAAGAAAUACCUUGAAGGCACUAGACAAUGGUUAUUUGAAAAACUCGACACUUGGUUUAACGAUAAAAGUGAAGAUGCUUCUAAUGUCAUGAUUUUGAUUGCCGGUCCAGGCGUUGGUAAAAGUGUGUUUGCUGCUGAGGUGUGUCGACGAUAUUCUGAAAAGAAGAAACUUGCUGCUUCCCAUUUCUGCAGAUAUAAUAGAUCAGAUUAUAGAAACCCUCGAAUAUUGAUAGAAUCAUUGGCCAGUAGCCUGUGUGAUACAAUAUCAAAUUUUAAAAGUAAACUGAAUGAAGAAAUACAGAGAAACCAUUCCAAAGAAUCAAUCACCGAUGAAUUCAUUGUUUUAUUAAAUAAUCCAUUGCAUUCAUUGGAAGAUCAUGAACCAAUGCUUUUGGUUAUUGAUGCCUUAGAUGAAAGCCUAGUUGAUGGCAAAAGUGAAUUAUUGGAAUUGAUUGCAGAAGAGUUUGACCGACUGCCUCAAUGGAUUAAAAUCUUCAUCACCAGUCGUCCAGAACUUCCUGUUCAAAAGGAGUUGAAAGACAUGAAUCCUGUGGAAAUUACAACUCGUCUUCGUGACGAAAACAACGAAAAAGACCUGUACAAGUAUUUGAGAUAUCAAUUGAGAAGUAAUUUUGAUGAUCGUGUUGAAAACAACAAAUUAGACUUGGAAUUAAUUAUGAGACUUCAGACAAAUAGCUACGUUCUAUGGUCAUUAGUUGAAAAAUGUGAGGGAUCAUUUCUUUAUGCGUAUUACGCACAAUUGAGCUUGAAUAAAGAAAAUAUUGAGCUUACUUCCAAAAAUAUUCAAGAAUUGGUCCCUAGUGGGUUAAGCGGUGUUUACACAAAGCAAUUCAAAAGAGUAAAAGAAUUGUUAACGAAGGAAAGUCCCAGAAAUUCUGUAAUCUCAGAAGCUACUUUCAUGCAAUUUCCUGAAUUGUUGGCUGCCUGUCGGGAGUUUCUUCCAUUAACUUUACUGCUUAGCUAUUUAGAUUUUUCUGGUGACAUCAAGAUUGAAGUCCGCAAUAAAAUCAUUGAACUGUUAUCUCAAAUUUUGCCAGUUUACGAUGAUUAUUUAACCGUGUAUCACAAAUCUCUAUUUGAUUGGUUAAAAUCAGAUGGUUACGAACAGCAUGAGUUUACAGUUGAUCCAAAAAAUGGUCAUAAGUUCUUAUGGCAUGCUUGUGAGAAAGUGUUUAAACAAAUUAAGUCGAUGAACAUUUUUGAAGAUCAGAUGGACACUGCUAUGAUUAAAUAUGCUGUGAAGAAUGGAUUCUAUCAUAUGUCAAAAUGUGGCGAAAAUGUUGACGUUAGCUGGGCAGUAGAUGUCAAAGUGGUUUGUGCAAGGUUAAUGUGUGUGGAAGACAUUAACGUGGAUACCAUUAGGUUUGAAUUGCUCAAAAUCAUUGAGGAACGACGAACUUUCUUGAAAAAAGAUGUACUUGAGGAACUACUAUUUCAUUUAUUAAUUACGUCAAUGAGAAUGAGAUAUGACUUUAUUAAUGAUGAUACCUUAUAUAUGGUUGAUGAUAGCUUAAUUUAUUCACAAAUUAUUGCAAACAGAAUUGAUGGCAGUAACGAAAAAAGAUUAUUGGCAAGGGAAUUAUUGAAACAAGGAAAGUUUGUUUGGUUUGAGGAUUUAGACGUAACAUAUUUAACAAACCAUCAUCAUUUGACUGUCUCCUUGCGUGCUAACGUUACAUCUCUUUGUGUGUCGUCCAAUGAAGAACUUCUUGCUGUAGGAUAUGAAAAUGGUCAAAUAUCUAUUUUCGAACUUCCUGAAUUUACAGAAAGAUGCAUUCUUGGCACUGUACUUGAUGAUUCAAAGUUGGAAAAUUGGGAUGAUGUAGGCGAAUUUUUGUCGCUGUAUGACAUCUAUGACUAUCCAACAUCAAAGGAAUUUCGUUUUGUACGUGGAAACAUCUGCUGUUGCUCCUUUUCACCUACCGCAAAUAGACUGGUAACUAGUGAUGGAUCUACUGAAGUAAAGUUGUGGAACGUUAACAAUGGACGUUUGCUAUUAUGUUUACAGUCAGGUGAUGUCGUUAAUUAUUGCUCUUUCUUAGAUUCUGGUUUGUUUAUUACAGCAAGAUUUGAUGGAUAUUUUAUUAAAGAAGAGUUUACUGCAUGGAAUUCAUUAACUUUGCAAAGAAUUGAUCGACGCUGCGUUGUUGAUUACCAAAAACUACAAUGCACCGAUAAAUAUUCAGAGUUCUUUGGUGCAGAUGUCGUCGACUUUUCGAAUGUCUUUCAAUUCCCAAAGGCAAUCGAUAUUUUUUCAAUAAAAUUAGAAUGUUCACUACCUUCACAUUUAAGGAUAACACACCAUUAUCGUGAUUGUAUUUUUUAUCAUACAAGUCAGAAUGGAAAGCUUUCUGAAAUCACUCAGUUGACAAAAUACAACGAUCAAGGAGAAAUCGAAUUUUGUUUACCAUAUGUUUGGUGUCCAUGUGUUGAUAGGACUUUUAGAAAAAUCAAUCCCAUCUUGUUCAAGAAAUUUUACGUUGUGCCGUAUCUUUCCAAGCUCAAAAUUUUCAAAACUGAUCAUCUUUGGAGACCUUCUUUUAUCUUUGAGAAAUUUGAAAUUAAAUGUUGUUGUUUUUCACCGGAUGGAUCUUUUUUUGCUGCUUUCGUUGCUGGUGACCACGUCAACAUUCAUAUUUGGAGCAUUGAACGUUGCACUAUUAUUCAAACUGUACCAAUGCAACUGAAGAAUGCAUUAGGAUGUUGGUGGUCGGAUGGUUUACUGUGGAUAUGGGAUGGUUCUGAUCAUCUUAUGAAGAUAUCAACUUCGUCUGAAAAUUUUGUAGAUUCUACUCAAGCAAAGCAUGUUACAAUUGGAUUUAAACCUAAGAAAAUCUUAACAUUUGCUGAUGUCUUAGUUUGUAUUGACGAACUUGAUUUUGUUCAAGUUGUUAGAAUUACCAAGGGUGAGAUACAAUACAACGAAAGACUUCCUGUCGAUAGUUUUCAAAUUAAAGCAGCAGCCGUAUCACUUGAUAAUUCUGUUAUUUUAACUGUGAACAAAACAGAAUACACAUUAUGGAAAUGGGAAAAUAACAACAAUGAACUUUACUUGAAACCUUGGCAUACUGCAAAAUUACUCAAAACGUGUUUUAUUGAAAAAUUUGUUCAGGAACAGAGAACUGUAACUAGUCUUAAAGUCAGUUGCUGUAUGAGUGAUAGUAACCAAGCAGUCAUUGCAUUCUUUUUUCAAAAAGGCACUUGCAUACUGGAAUCUGGCCUUUAUGUAAUUAAUGUGCAUAAAAACAAUUACGUGAGUAUGACUUGGCUAAAUAUUUUGGAUGUUAUUGAUGGAUUUUUAUUGUUAAGCACAUUCUUACAUAAAUCAUAUUACAUUGGUAAAUAUCGUAACUUAUUGGUUGCUGUAGAUUUAAAGAGUGGUAAAAUAUGCGCUAAAUCUUGCGCAUUAGGUUCUAUAUUUAAUAUAACUAUGCAUUCCAACACAGGAACUUUAGCUUUAGUAACAAAAGGUGGAUACGGAAUUAAAUUUUUAAAACUCAAUGUACCUGAAUAAAUCCACUAAUUCAACCUUUGUAGUUAUAUUAACCUAUUGUAUUUACUAACAUUACAUAUCACUUAAAACGAACAUAAAAAGUUCUUUAUAUCACAAAAGGACAGUUAUUUAUGGUAUCAACAACGAACUCAAAAAUAUUGCAGAAAAAAUUGUCCAUAUCCUUUGUUUUAACCGUGAAAAAACUGUCAGUUUUUAAUUAUGUAAAAAUAUCACUGACAGAGAGAGAGAGAUUAGUUUUUCCUAAUGUCAAGAAAAGAUCUUUUUCAUCCUAUGAUUCCCGUCAACUUUCAAAUUUAUAUUUGGAGAAUGCAACACUGUAACAUUGUCAAAGUUGUGAUGAAAUUGAGAAUAUCACACGAAGAUGUUGAUUGU